CUCUCCGCAGCGCCGCCUCCUCCUUCUCCGCUACGGCCUCCUUCCCGCUGCCUACCCCCUACCUCCGCAGCCCCUUUUGUGCCCCGGGCGGCCCUGCCCGCCCCGGCUGCUCCUGGUGGUCGGAGGCCGCUGAACUCGUACGACUGUCCAGCUCUCCCCCGGGAAUGGUGUAAAGUAAACAUAGGAGUUCCUGAAAAAUAACAGUGUGAAUGAGGGAGGCUCUCUGCAGCAUUUAGUGUCCAGCUGUACUGGCUCCGAGGAGCAGCAGCGUCGCAAUGCCCCCUCCUGCUGACAUAGUGAAGGUGGCGAUCGAAUGGCCAGGUGCCUUCCCCAAGUUGAUGGAAAUAGAUCAAAAAAAGCCACUGUCCUCAAUAAUAAAGGAAGUCUGUGAUGGGUGGUCACUUGCAAACCAUGAUCAGUUUGCACUGCAGCAUGCUGAUAGCUCCAAUUUCUACAUCACAGAGAAGAAUCGUAAUGAAAUAAAAAAUGGAGCAAUCCUUCGAUUAACAACAUCUCCAGCUCAAAAUGCACAGCAGCUCCAUGAGAGGAUCCAAUCUUCCAGCAUGGAUGCAAAGUUAGAAGCACUGAAAGACUUAGCCAACUACUCCAGGGAUGUGACAUUUGCCCAGGAAUUUAUAAACCUAGAUGGUAUUUCCCUCCUAACCCAAAUGGUUGAAAGUGGCACAGAACGGUAUCAGAAAUUGCAGAAGAUAAUGAAGCCCUGCUUUGGAGAUAUGUUGUCCUUUACACUGACUGCAUUUGUUGAGCUGAUGGAUCAUGGGAUUGUAUCGUGGGAUACAUUCUCUGUGGCAUUCAUUAAAAAGAUAGCAAGCUACGUGAACAAGUUUGCCUCCGACAUCUCCAUCCUGCAGCGCUCGCUCGCCAUCCUGGAAUCCAUGGUGCUCAACAGCCACGACCUCUACCAGAAAGUGGCACAGGAGAUCACAAUUGGGCAGCUAAUCCCACACCUGCAGGGGACAGACCAAGAGAUCCAGACAUACACCAUUGCAGUAAUAAAUGCACUUUUCCUCAAAGCACCAGAUGAUAAGAGGCAGGAAAUGGCAAACAUUCUGGCACAAAAGCAGCUUCGCUCCAUCAUCCUAACUCACGUUAUCAGGGCACAGAGGGCCAUCAACAAUGAAAUGGCACACCAGCUUUAUGUUCUGCAAGUGCUUACCUUCAACCUUCUGGAAGACAGAAUGAUGACAAAAAUGGAUCCACAGGAUCAGGCUCAACGAGAUAUCAUCUUUGAGCUCCGCAGAAUUGCCUUCGAUGCCGAAUCCGAGCCUAACAGCAGCAGCGGCAGCAUGGAGAAGCGCAAAUCCAUGUACACUCGGGACUACAAGAAGCUUGGAUUCAUUAAUCAUGUCAACCCAGCAAUGGAUUUUACACAGACCCCUCCAGGCAUGCUGGCCCUUGACAACAUGCUCUACUUCGCUAAACAUCACCAGGAUGCCUACAUCCGGAUUGUCCUGGAGAACAGCAGCCGAGAAGACAAGCACGAGUGCCCCUUCGGUCGGAGCAGCAUCGAGCUGACGAAGAUGCUGUGUGAAAUACUGAAAGUCGGAGAGCUCCCGAGUGAGACCUGCAACGAUUUCCACCCCAUGUUCUUCACCCACGACAGAUCCUUCGAGGAGUUCUUCUGCAUCUGCAUCCAGCUCUUGAACAAGACUUGGAAGGAAAUGAGGGCAACUUCAGAGGACUUUAACAAGGUGAUGCAGGUAGUGAAAGAACAGAUAAUGAGAGCGCUCACUACCAAGCCUAGCUCUCUGGAUCAGUUCAAGAGCAAACUUCAGAACCUCAGCUACACAGAAAUACUGAAAAUCCGACAGUCGGAGAGAAUGAACCAGGAGGAUUUCCAGUCCCGUCCCAUUCUGGAACUAAAAGAGAAGAUUCAGCCUGAGAUCUUGGAACUGAUCAAGCAGCAGCGUCUCAACCGGCUCGUGGAGGGCACCUGCUUCAGGAAGCUCAACAGCCGGCGUCGGCAAGACAAGUUCUGGUACUGUCGGCUCUCACCUAACCACAAGGUCUUGCACUACGGAGACCUGGAAGAGAGUCCCCAGGGAGAGGUCCCCCACGACUCCUUGCAAGACAAAUUGCCAGUGGCAGAUAUCAAAGCUGUUGUGACUGGGAAAGACUGCCCUCACAUGAAGGAGAAAGGAGCCCUUAAACAAAACAAGGAGGUGCUAGAGCUUGCCUUCUCCAUACUGUAUGACUCCAGUGGCCAGUUGAAUUUCAUCGCUCCAGACAAGCAUGAGUACUGCGUGUGGACCGACGGGCUGAACGCCCUGCUGGGGAAGGACAUGCUGAGUGACCUCACCCGCAACGACCUGGACACGCUGCUCAGCAUGGAGAUAAAGCUUCGCCUCCUCGACCUGGAGAACAUACAGAUCCCAGAUGCCCCCCCACCCAUCCCAAAGGAGCCCAGCAACUACGACUUUGUUUAUGACUGUAACUGAGGCUGCUGCUGGGAACUCGCUUGGAAACUGGAAAUACUGUAACUGGAGAGAGAGAGAUUCAAACAAAACAAACCCCAGAAGAGUGUGAGGGGAAAACAAACAAACAAACAAACAAACAAAAGGAGAGUGUGAGGGGAAAACAAACAAACAAAAGGAGAGUGAGAGGGAAACAGACAAACAAGAGGCAGCCCACUUGUGCACCUUGGAUCUCGGCUUUGGAGAGGAGUGUCGAAACACUUGCGUUCUGACCCGGUCCCUGCACCCCUUCCUUUCCCCAUUCCCAUCUUCCCCAUUGCUCAUCCAAAUCCACACUGCUUUAAUUAACUUGUACUUGCAGGCCCCAGGCCUGGCUGGAGGGCAGAGGCUGCCACUCAGAAGCACCCUCCCCAGGAGGUUUUUUACAUUUUUAAUACUGGAACAGACAAUUCUCAACAAGAGGAUGACGCUGUCAGACUGCGCGCCUGUGACACCCCCUCAGCAGGGCAGAGGCUUUAACUGGAAGGAGGAGGAGGAGGAGGAGGAGGGAGGUAGGGAGCAGAAGCAGCUACUGUAAGCAGGAAGAUUUUUUUUUUUGUCUCCCCAGACACUCCCCAGGAGUCUGCUCACAACCGAGUCCCACGCAGCGCCCAGAGCCACCGGCCGCUCCCCAGUGCUUGCUCCGCUCCUCGCUGCCAUCGUUCCUGCCGCUUUCACCUCCACUCUUGCCACCAGCAUCCACCCAACUGAUGGGCUCCCAGAGCAGAAGGCCUGCAGAUUAUUUUCCUUUGCUGUACCAUACUCUGUGAUGCUGCAACAGCUUUCAACUUCUUUUUCUUCCCAGCUAGCUCCGCGCUAGCAGAUCGCUUGCACCAGCUCUGCGCAUCCCAUCCUCCACUCCUCGCUGCCAUCGUUCUUGCCGCUCUCACCUCGACUCUUGCCACCAGCAUCCACCCAACUGAUGGGCUCCCAGAGCAGAAGGCCUGCAGAUCAUUUUCUUGUGCUGUACCAUACUCUGUGAUGCUGCAACAGCUUUCAACUCCUCUCUUCUUCCCAGCUCCCCACUAGCUCCACGCUAGCAGAUUGCUUGCACCAGCUCUGCGCGUCCCAUCCUCUGCUCCUCACUGCCAUCAUUCCUGCCGCUCUCACCUCGACUCUUGCCACCAGCAUCCACCCAACUGAUGGGCUCCCAGAGCAGAAGGCUUGCAGAUUAUUUUCCUUUGCUGUACCAUACUCUGUGAUGCUGCAACAGCUUUCAACUUCUUUUUCUUCCCAGCUCCCCACUAGCUUCACGCUAGCAGAUCGCUCACACCAGCUCUGUGCGUCCCAUCCCAUCCCUCCAGCAUUCAGUUGCCCCUACAAUUGGCUUGGGCUCUAUUCAAAAGAGAUUUCUCAUUCUUUAUUCUUUCCUUUCCUUGGCCCAAAGUUCAGCAGUCAUUUACACAGAUGAAUUAGAGCUGCCAGCCAUCCAGGUUUACACUGCUGCAGUGUUAGAAGUUUGCAAGGGAUCUCGGGUUUGGGGUCGGGGUUUGGUUUGGUUUCGUUACGGGUUCUGAGUUUUUGUUGUUUUAACUUUAUUUUGCCAACCAAAUAUAUUUAAUUGAGAAGCUGAUUUCACUGAGAGUACUUUUUUUUUUGGGGGGGGGGGGAGGGGGAAACAUGAUAUUUUUACUCCAUUUCCAUUUGGAACAUUUGCCCUGGAGGG